UGGAGACAUUCCCCACCCCAACCCCCAGCCCACCAGUUCACUGUGGUAUUGGGUACUGUUCAGACCCCAAUCAGACAACCCCAGGCUGACCCCGGAGCUCCCACCUGAGCCAGGUUGGAAAACGCCAAAUACACAGAGCGCCCAAGAUCUCGGCUCUUUGGACAUCACCAAAGAUGAUGUCACACACCGCGAUGAUGACCAAGGAAAGGAAGAUGCAGGCAGCAGCCAUUGUCCGGGAGAUUCACGGGAAUGGGAACGAAUCAGACACCAUGGACCUGGGGAAAAAGAUCAGCGUCCCUAGAGACAUCAUGUUUGAGGAGCUGUCGCUGCUCUCCAACAGAGGCUCCCGGCUCUUCAAGAUGCGCCAGCGGCGUUCAGAAAAGUACACCUUUGAGAACUUGCAGAACGAAGCCAACAUCCAAAUGAGUAACUGCAUGCCUCUCCAGACACAGAAGAGCGAUAUCAGUGAACACAGCAAAGGAGAACUGGGUGGUGUGGAUGGAGGCCUGGCACCCAAAACUCCUCCAAACACACCAGACCCGAGGACCCCACCAAAUCCAGAGACCAUCGCUCCAGGGUAUGGCGGCCCCCUGAAGGACGUACCGUCAGAGAAGUUCAACACCACAGCCAUUCCAAAAUCCUACCACUCACCAUGGGAGCAAGAAAUCAUCAAUGAUCCUGACCUGCAAGGCACCUUGAACCCACAAAUGCCCAUGCCUGAGCCAAAACCAGAAGGACCCGAUUACAAAAAUUUUAACAGGGUUGCCACUCCAUUUGGUGGAUUUGAUAAAGCUUCCAAGCUCAUCACUUUCAAGCUGCCAGAGCUGGACCUGAAUCCUGUUAAUUCCACCCCUAACAUCCCUGAAUUCCGCAACCCAGUGGCCAAGCGCCCCACUUUCAACAGGACAGCCCAGGGUUGGAAUAUAGACGGCAGCCCUGUUCUUAUCCCAAGCGUGUCCGUCAGCCUUCCCGUUCCAGAAUCCGAGGACCUUUGAAUGUUUCAUUCGAGAAGACGAUGAGGUGAAGUUCAUCGAUGAUGAUGUUACUCCGGCUGCCUUACAAGCAGUGUUUCCCCAACCCCAGGAUUUGUCUGAGCUGUAAAGACGUUCAUCCAACAACAAAAAAAAAAAUUGAUACCAGAUUGUUAGAGUUGCUAGACAUGCAUGGAAGUCGACCUUCAACCCCACCACCUGAUGAAACAUCGCAUUACUUGUUUUGUUUUGUUAAUGAAAGCACCUUUCUAAGGCUCAAAGUGCUUUUUAUUUAUGUAUCACCUUCCCAUGAUCACAGUGAAUGAUACAUUUAUAUACUGCCUUUCCCAUGGUAAAAUGAUAUUUAUAUCACAUUUCCCAUGCUCAGAGUGAUUGAUGAGAAUAAAGUUUAUUUAUAUAGUGCCUUU